AUGGAACCUAACGAAGAUUUAUUUGAAACGGCAGAAUAUUUGGAGGACAAUGAAGACACCGGCACUGAACAUUUUUAUGGGCAACAGAAACCUCCUUUGCCAAGCAGAGACGACUCAAAUGAAGAAGCUUUAAUAGAGUAUGUUGAUGAAGUUGAAAGUUGUGGCCGAUCAAGAGACGAUGAUGAUACAGGCAUGUUGAAAACUGAUCUGGGAAAUCACUUAUACUUUUUCCAAGGUUCAUUCCAUCGACGACUUUACCGGGGACAAAUGCGUCCUAGAGACGUAGGAAACAAAAAUGUUGUUGGGGAUUCUAUUGAUGAUGUAAUGAAAUGCAUUUGGGGUUUCGCUGACAAGCAUGUAUCGAGGCAAAUUGAAUUUGAUAAUAAUGGGCCUAAAUGGGCAGCAAAGAUAAAACCGGACAGAGAAGACAUUGAGAAGUUUAUUACUUUGCAAGACCAGAUAAAAAGAAAGUCGUAUUCAACUUGUUCAAUAACUUCUCGAUUGCUUACUUCUUGGAGAGGUGAACAAAUUAAAAUAUUCAUACAUUCAUACUCUGUGAAUGUCGAAACCAACGCUCAACAUCAAAUGGUUCUUAAACAACUGUUAUCACCCAAUAAUCCCGAUCGUUCUGUCUGUGGUUCUGGUGCUUAUUCCACCUAUGAUGAUGCGGCACUAGCUACUGAACUGAAAGAGAGUCAUCCUGAACUGGAAGGUCAUCACAGUUCUUGGUUGUUGUGGGCUAACACAAUUCAUUCAUCCCCAGCUCACAAGCAAGAAGAGAUGAAAACGGCUCCUGCACCUCCGUUGGAGCUUGCUAAAUAUAUUAGGUGGACAGGUGUUUCGGAAGCAGCAAGAUUACAGUCCGUUCAUCGAGGUGCUUCAGUGGCACGUACUGUGAAUAGUAGCUGGAUGAUCGACGCUGAGGAAAUAUAUCGUGGACUCACUUCAGCUAUUUUUAUUUUGUCGAAUAUUGCACAGAAGCUGGAUAAAAUGCUCUAUAAGGGAAAAGCGGCAGAGGAAAUUAUUGUUGCUGUGCAAUCUGCAGUGCGACCAGUGGAAUCGGAAAUAAGUACAGGUUUGGCGGACAGUGUAUCCAACUGCCCGGACAUCGAUCACAUUUAA